CCGGAUAUCUGGGCGAUAGACGGCUUCAGCAGCAGCCGACUGACUCAAUCUCCGACCCGGAGGAAAGAUCCAUCCAGCCUCCGGUCCGCAACCUGAGCCAGGCGCUGUGGCGGAACCGCGGGGGGAAACCCGGGAGAGGCAGGUGAAAGGAGAAGAGCAGCCGUACUCUGGACAUGUGCUGAGAUGACACACCUGUGAACGCGCCUAAACUCUUUUGGGAAGAAGCCUCAUACUUUUCUCAACUUGCACCGUAGUCAACACUUUCAGCAAAGCUCAGAAAGAGUCCUCAGCGUUAGUCACCACAAUGUAUCGGUCCACCAAAGGAGCGUCGAAAGCUCGAAGAGACCAGAUAAACGCGGAGAUUAGGAACCUGAAGGACUUGUUGCCCAUCUCCGAUGCGGACAAGUCUCGUCUCUCCUAUCUUCAUAUCAUGUCGCUGGCUUGCAUGUACACGAGAAAGUCUGUCUUCUUCAGUGAAGAUACAGCUGCAGAUAGCAGUGCUGAGGAAACUGCAGGAUUCCUCACAUUUCAUGAACUGAAUGAGUUGGUACAAAUGAUGCCAGGCUUUCUUCUCCUAUUGACUGGAGAAGGGAAGUUACUGUACCUGUCAGACAGCGUCUCAGAGCACCUCGGACACUCAAUGGUAGAUUUGGUCGCUCAAGGGGACAGUGUGUACGACGUAAUAGACAGUGCAGACCACUUUAUUAUGAGGAGUAACUUGGUACCUCCAACUUCACCUGACACAGAUCUUCUGUUCCGCUGCAGAUUCAACACCUCCAAAUCAGUGCGUAGGCAGAGUGCAGGCAAUAAACUUGUUUUAAUCCGUGCCCGCUGCCUGUCACAAACUCCCAUCGAGUCUUCCCCAGGAUCCUACUGGACUUCCAACCCAGUGUGGGUAUGUUUCUGCACUCCUCUGGAGCCUCACACGUCCCGAGGUGGAACUGCCCCGGACAGAGAACCACCUUCAUCUUCUGCACUAGAGAGCAGCUUCUUCCUGCCAUGUUUCCGUUCUCAGCACAGCCGUGACAUGAGACUUCAGGAAGCACAAAACAGUGUGAAUGUUUAUUUGGGUCUAAAUGUGGAGACUCUGCGGUCCCAAUCUUGGUACAGCUUCCUGCAUCCUCAGGAUCUUUCACAUGCCUCAGCUCAGCACUGCAGCCUAUUGAGAGAGGGAGGAGAGGGCAGGGCUGAAAUGGUGGUUCGUGUAGAGACUGCAGAUCACUCAUGGGUCUGGCUUUACAUGGUCUUGCAGCUGGAAACUGGGGAAACCCCUAUUGUCAGUAACAAUUACAUUAUCAGUGAGACAGAGGCUUGGUCAGUCAGGCAGCAGCUGAGCUCUGAACAAACCCAGCUCUCCUUGGUGCUGGGCUCAAGCACUUCCCAACAAGAAAGCCUAAGCUUACAGAGUCCAGAAACACUCUCAAGCCCUGACCAAGUGUUUACACCAGGAAGUAGUGGCCUCUCCGGUCAGUCAUUUGACUUCAGCACGGCAGCAUGCAGUGCGGGAUCUACUGAGGAACAAGGUGGCAGCUCCUCAAUGGAGCCUGCACAACUGGAGAGUGGCCCACGUUCCAGUCUCUCCUCUUUGGAAGAGGAGAGCUUCUUCCAACAUGAGCCCAGCGAACCUGUGGCCAGUCCUGCUUCUGCAUCAUCUCCCAUUCCAGUCACGGUUGCAACAGUGUCUGACUUGGACUUCCUCACUCAGAAUAUUCUGCUGCCACCAGCAUUCCAGAUAGAUCCUCCUCUACCAGCCUUGCCCCUUCCUCUUCCACCUGUGCCUACCUCCCAGGCCCAACAGACCAAGGAGUUUGAGUGCACACCCCCAUACACACCUCAACUAGGUGGAAGCAAUUUCCCCUUUGGGGAACCUCAUUUUAGCUUCGAUCCUACCGGGGCUACCUCACCACCUCCUCUUGCUCCAACUGCAACAGUAACCACGACGAUGGCUCCAUCUCUUUCUCCAUCUGCGCCAACGAACCCACAAGGCAGCCCACCUCCUCCUCCGACGACAACACUUUCAACUAUUUUGCCUCUCAUUAUAACAUCUCCAACCACAGAGAUCCUCUUCCCAGUGGAGCCUUGCAGUGGGUCGCUCUACGAGAAACUCCCUCCUACUCCUGACAGUCCAGGUGAUGGUGACUGCACAGUUAUGACUUUACCAGAAGUCCGUGGUCCGCUGUAUGUUGAUGUCCCCCAUGGGCCGCUACCUUACCCACCAGAAGGUCUCCUCACACCUGAAGCCUCACCUGGAAAACAGCCCAAUCUACCCUUCUUCUCCUCACUACGUGAAAGAGAAAAAGAGAGAAUGGAGAUCCCGCUUUUAGCCCAACACAUCAGCACACUAGUAGAGGGCUUCUACCUAGAUCCACUCCUGACCAAGCUGGUUCCUUCCACCAUUUUUGAACGCUCUCAGUCUCCAUCUCUUGAUUCUAUGGGACUUGAUUCAAUCCCACUGUUGGGCGAAUUCUACCCACUCAAGUCUUGGAAAGGCCUGGACCUGCCCAUCUUCCCUGAUCAUGACUCUCUGUUUGAGGAGAGUGUCUUGGAGACCCUUCUGCAGGACCUCACGUCCUCCCCUCCCCUCUCACCGACACCCUCUUCCUCCUCCCACUCCAGCCCCCCCUCCUCCCCCUCCACUCCUGAGUGCUGGUGCCCACCCUUGCACUUCGACGGGGUCUCUGCUGUGAGUGCCGGUCACUUCUGUAGCGUCCAAUCGGCGCACUGUAACAAUGAGGCCGGGCGAGGGGCUAUGAUGUUGUCAGUCAACACAGGCAACAUGGCAGAUGGGAAGGCGGCAGGCGAAGUUGCCAUGGAGACAGAGGCAGCAUCAUCGCCUCUGUUCACGGGCAUACCAACAUCUCCACCACUGCAGCUGACUGCCUUCCCCGCCUCCCCAGUUUUGUUGCCUGUCUCCUCGCCUGUCAGCCCCGCAUCGCCCGGCCUGCCCUGCGCCCAGUCCCUCCUCGAGGAGCUGGCCGCCCUGGAACCCAUGUUUGGGGCAGGUGCCUCGAUCGCCCCCGGCCUGGGGCAACAACCUGAGUUGUAUCAACUCCAAAGUCAUGCACCGCAACAGUGCUUCCGCAAAGAUGGGAGUGGAAGUGAUCCUCCGUUCUAAAAUAAGUCUGUGACUUACUUCAUUAAGUAUGGCAUAUUGUCAUAUUUCAUGGAGCUACUUUUGCUGAAAAGUGAAUAUUAAUUAACUGUAUAAAUAUAUACAUAAUGUAUAUAAUG